AUGGCACCUCCAGCUGGGAACACGUUACCCUUGCCUUAUGCUCAAGUCAACUCGCAGCCGCGUCGGGAGCCUAGGCAACCUAUGAGAACGUCCAAGCUCGGUACCAAGCUCAAAGUUUUGCCCACCCAACCAGAUACACCUUCCAUUCCAGAGGAGGAAGAAGAAGACGAUGACGAGGCUAGAGCACGGGACUUUGCCGAGCGGGACGAAGCUGAAGGGGUCGAGUUCUACACGCCAUUGUCUCAGAUACCUAAAGGGACAGCGAGGAGGGAUGCUCAGCGUUUGACCAAGAGUGAAAAGGCCAAAUUGCCUCGUGUCACUGCAUACUGUACAGCCGCAUCUUACAACCUCCCAGCGCUCCAAGCACACUUGUCCUCCCGACCUGACUCGUAUCGUACUCAUCCGAGAAUGUUCGAUACCGGUUGUCUCUUUACACCUUACCUUCCUCCACCAUCCGCAUCCUCGUCUUGGCGUUCACCAAAUCUCAAGCCAAGUACCAAACACGAUGCUGUCCCCGAGUCUGAUCUCAUCGAUCUCAAUGGAGAUGAAGGGCCAGAGGCUCCAUCGAAAGCUCGAUCAUCGGGACCUCGUCGGAAAACUGGGUUCUCAAAGCGACCCGGGGGCACGAGGAGAGCGGGUGAUCAUGCGGAUAGUGAUGAUGAGGACUUUGAGGAGGAGGUAUGGGUACCUGAUGUGUUCUUAUUCGAGUACGGGACGGUCGUCAUCUGGGGUAUGACAGAGAAGGAGGAGAAGUCAUUCCUUAGGGGCCUGAAAAAGUUCGAGGUGGAAAGACUGUCUCCGGAGGAUGUCGAAAUGGAGGAUUUGAACUUCUACUAUGCCGACUACUCGCGGAUAUACAACGAUGUCAUUACAUUGCGAAAAGGCUCUUCCUACAUGACCAAACUCGCGCUGUCUCACGCGCUUGCUCAAUCCGUCAAGAUCUCUCUGUUUGAAGAGUUGAUUGGUAGCACCAUUGACCAGACAAAGGAUAUUCCAAAGACGAUGUCAGAGACAGGAAAGAUAGGGCUUCCCCGAUCAGAGAUUAUGAAACAGAUUGGCAACCUGUUCAUCCUGAGGAUAAAUAUAAAUCUUGUCGGAUCGAUCCUAGACUCUCCUGAAUUUUUCUGGACCUUUCCCGAUCUCGAACCUUUAUAUACAGCGUGCAGAUCCUAUCUUGAGAUCAGUCAACGUAUCGAUCUGCUCAAUGCGAGAGUCGACGUGCUGCAAGACAUGCUCAAGCUUCUCAAAGAAAGCGUGAAUAGCACACAUGGAGAGCGACUGGAGUCCAUCGUAAUCAUCUUGAUCGGCAUAGAGAUCGUGCUAGGAAUCGUCACCAUCCUUGUGGAUUUGAGUUUGACUUGA